CAUCAUUUGUUUUUCUAUUUCUUUUUGUGUACAUCGUUAGCUAACAUUAAUAAACUGUUGGUGUUUAGCUGCAUAAUAUUAUUUAGAAAAGACUCUUGAUGAAAGCAAUAAGCAUCAUCAAUAUUUAUCAACUCGUCGGGCGAUAGAAAACAAAAAAAAACGAAAACAACUAAGGCCAAGAAGAAGAAAAAAAACGCAUAUUAUUAACGAAAAGAACGAAUAAUUUUUUUCACUCAUCCUAAUUGUAACUGAUUAAUCGAAAUCGAUCUAUUCGUGAAUAGUGGUGUACUGUGUAAAAAUUCAAGAUUUCCGAAUCAUUCUGUGAUUAUAACUAUCCCGUUUUUUUUCUGACUCAAAUCUGAUCUAGAUUGAACUUGGUUGAACGAAAACAAAAUUCAUUGGUUUCGAAUAUUUGAAUAUAAGAAACAUCAUCAUGGAUAAUUUUAAGUUGGCAUCAAUUUUAUUACUGCUUCUGAUGAUAGUUAUUCAAUCUAUCAUAUAUGUACAUUGCCUGGAUAAUGGUGAAUCUGAAACAUCCAAAUUCAAAAAUACUGUUAAAAAAGCAACAUUAUUUGAUAAAAAAUUGGAUGCCAAACUAAUGAAACAAUCAGCAUUAUUAGAGCCAACAAAAUUAACAUCAUCAUCAUCAUCAUAUAAUGGUCGUGAUCUGAUUAAUCAAACAAUAGAUGAAACGACAAUCACCGGAACGGAAGAAGAUUUCGAUGAAAAUAAAGCGUUUCAUGAAUAUGAAGAGGAAACUAAUCGCACUAAAUCCGAUGCCGUAUUGAAAAUGAAUUUUUCAUAUUUUGAAAUGGAAUUCAUUCAAGAUCCGGAAAAAGCUAUGAAUUUAUGGAUCGAUGUAAAAUCAUUCAAUGACAGCAAUUAUAAACAUGAAGUAUUGUCAAAUUCACAUCGUCGUGCUGCGGCCAUAUCGUUACCAUUCAAUUUUUCUUUCUAUGGUCAUAAUUUGACUAAAAUAACCGUUGCGACUGGUGGUUUUCUUUACAUGGGUGAACAUGUACAUGCAUGGUUAGCUGCUACACAAUAUAUUGCUCCAUUAAUGGCUAAUUUUGAUACGAGAAAUUCAAGUCGUGCCCAAAUCUUAUAUGGCUUCAAUUCGACAGUUUUUGUUGUACAAUGGGAUAAUGUCAGAUUACAAAGUGAUCCUGAUAAAGAAUUCACCUUUCAAUGUUCAAUCUAUUCGAAUGGUGAUAUUGCAUUCGUCUAUAAACAAAUACCUGUGUUGAUUGAUAAAAUUAAUGAAAAUGAACAUCCAGUUAAAGUGGGUGUGUCGGAUGCUUAUUUCAUUCAUCGACAACAGAUAUUUGUUCGUCGUAAAACCAUCUAUGAAUAUCAUAAAAUUGAUUUAAGGAAAAAUGAAGGAAAGCUAAAUAUCCGUAGUGGUACGGCUAUUUUCUUGAAGGCAUUACCAACUUGUAGUAAAUUCAGAGAUUGUCAUUCAUGUUUGACAGGCAAUUCAUCAUUCUCAUGUGUAUGGUGUGAUUCUGUUGAACGUUGUUCAGAUGGUUAUGAUCGUCUUAGACAAGAAUGGGUUGCAAAUCGUUGUGAUCACGAUGCCAUCAACGAAGUUGGUAAAUGUGCAGCUCCAUUAGUACCAUCAUUACCAAUAUCCAAUCAAUCAACAACUAAUGGCAAUUCAAACAUAGUUACACCAUCACCAACCAUUUUUCACAAUUCCAAUUCAAGUGCUAUCAUCAAUGAACACCAUGCUAAUGGUCCAUCAUCAGAUAAUAUUGACAUUCAUUCAGAUAAGAAAAAUCUUACAAAUCUAGAGUACAAUACUCAAGAACAACGUAUUGGUGGAAAUAUAUCUGCAUCAAGUAAAAAUCGAGCAUCGAUGGCUCAUUCUUCCUUAGCAAUAAGUCUAUUCUUUGUCAUUAGUCUUGUUCUUGGAGUAAGUUUAUGGAUUCUUUACGCAUUUCGCUAUCCUACAUCAUCAUCAGGACUAUUCUUGAUUCGUUGGCGUCCAUCAGCUUGGCGGUGGAAUACCGAUACACGUUAUACUGCCGCAUCGAUUCAUAUGUAAAUGAAUUCUAAAUGGGCAAGCAAUAAUUAUUGACGAAAAAUCAUCAUAAAUGGUUCAUUCGAAAAUAUCAACCAUUCCUACACAUAUCUUAUUUUGUAUAAAAAUUCAACAUUGCAU